GAGCAUGCAUUGCAGUUGCAGGGGGGACUAUUAUUUUAGACGCACAAAACAGUUCCGAUGUGUUUGACUUGCAGAGGACCGUCAAAGUAAACGAAUAAAGGAAAAGGACCUGAGCCUCUGCAGCGCUUUGGUGAGGGGGAUCUCAUCUGAAGAGGCAGGAGACCUCGGUCUCCCACAUGACCUGUCCUCAGAGCAUGAAGGUUCAACAUUCUCUGCAGUAAAAUACAUCAUGGCAAUUCUUGGAAGUGGUGUCUUCUCAUUCAAGAACCAUGGAGUUGUUGUGUGUCCGUCUCAUGAGGAACCAACGCAGUUGCCUACCUGCCUACCUGUCUAGAAGCUUUCAAACCUCCCUUUGCCGACAGAGUCAAUCAACAACCAGGAGGACGUUACCUUCUACAGAACUCUACUCAACCAACACAUGUCGGAUUCUACUGCAGCCCGAAACCACAGACUCUGUUUGUCAACUUCAAUUGAGGUCAUCUUCGUCUCAGAGACGACUUUUCUCAUCUGAGAAUGUAAGAACAGUACUUUUCCCAGUGGGGACUCCUAGACCUGACCCUGCUGUCCACUGUCUCCCUGUUAUAUGGCUGUCUAAGCAUGGACAGAACUUCUUCCAUACCUCUGCUCCUCAUCGCGCCCUGCCUGCGCCUCUCAUAUGGCUGGUACUCAAACCCCUGCAGAAGAUCAUGGCUAUUAUACUGGGCAGGAGUAUCAGGAAGUGGUGGUUGGCCCUCCCUCCCAAUAAGCAGCAGCUCGUGCGUCAGAAUUUCUGGCGUCGCCGUUGGCAGCUGGUGGCCGGGGGUAUGGUUGCUAUGGUGAUCAUGGCAAGUUUCUUCCUGACUCAUCUGGACGAAUCGCCCAUCACGGGACGCACACGCCUCCUAGUGUUCAGUAGAGAGAACUACAUGGAGCUGGCUGCAGUGACAGGAGAUGGGUACAUGGAGGAAUUUGCUGAGUUGAUGGUUCCAGAGAAGGACCCUCGUCACCAGGUGGUAGAGAGAGUGGUGGAGCACCUGGCCCAGAGGAACAAGGACAUCCCAGAGGUCUCCUCUGUUCCAUGGACCGUCCACUUGGUCGACAGCCCUUCCGUCAACGCUUUCGUCCUGCCUAAUGGAAAGGUGUUUAUGUUCACCGGGAUGUUGGAGGCCGUUGCAGAUGUUCACCAGCUCACCUUCAUCCUGGGACAUGAGAUGGCCCACGCAGUGAUGGGACACUCUGCAGAGCAGGCCAGUAUGUCUCAUGUGGUAGACUUCCUGUCUCUGAUCCUGCUAACAGCCAUCUGGGCCGUGUGUCCUCGAGACAGCCUGGCUGUACUGGGACAGUGGAUACAGACUAAGCUCAUACAGUUCCUGUUUGAUCGUCCCUAUAGCAGGAAGUUGGAGGCAGAAGCUGAUCAGGUUGGACUCCAGCUGGCUGCCAAGGCAUGUGCUGAUGUGCGGGCAGGGCCAGUGUUCUGGCAGCAGAUGGAGAUCAGUAACCAGCUGAGAGGAGAACCUACAGUACCGGAGUGGCUCUCCACACACCCCUCUCACAGGAACAGAGUUACACAGCUGGACAGGCUGGUCCCACAGUACCUGGAGUUGAGGGAGAGCUGUUCCUGUCCUGCCCUCCCUGCUACAGACCCCAGAGCUGUCUUCACUCAGAGUGUCAAAGUGCUGCUGAACGCUACUAGGGACCUGGAGGGAGAGGCGGGGAAGAGACUGAAACCACUAGCUCUGUCCCAGACCCCAACCUCAGACCACAGAAGGGCUCCACACCCAGGGGGACUGGCAACUGCCCUGCUAGCCUCCUCAGCCUCACCUACAGCCCAAGCCACAGCCCUGACCCUAGACACUGCUACCCACCUCUAACCCCCAGGCCUAGUUCCAGUCUGAUUGUAGCUCCUUGAGUGCUAAUUGACUGAUGCUUGUAAGGUCUUGUAAAACUACUGUUGCCACCCGCUUCUGUGGAAUUGCUGCAAAAAGGUUUGGCGUAGCUGUUCUGUUUUACUGUGUGUAAGAGGGUACAGGGAGAUGCUUUGAAUGUGUAGUGUGAAUACAUAGAGAUAUUAUCCUGUUUUAAUUGGAAGAUUUCAACUGGGGACAUGCUGCACUCAAUGGCCUAAUGAGCAUAUACAUCGAGGUCCAAAAUGAUUGACUCCCCUGAUAAAGAUGAGCAGUAAUGACUGUAUAAAAUAAAUAAAUACAAUUCAUAUGUUUUUAUACUUAUACAAUUGCUCAGAGAAAGAGAUUUUAGUUAAACAAGUAAGAUUUGUUUUCUCAAAAAGGUAGGGUUCAAAAUCGACACCCCGCCCUAGAGAUUGACACCUCUAAAGUAAAGUAAUCAAACGUUUAGUAUCUGGUCCCAUAUUCCUAUCACGCAACGACAACAUCAAGCUUGUGACUCUACAAAGUUGUUGGAUGCAUUUGCAGUUUGUUUUGGUUGGGUUUAAGAUUAUUUAGAGUAUGUUUCUCGACACUUCUACAUUGAUGUGGAUGCUACCAUGAUAACGGAUAAUCCUGAAUUAAUUGUGAAUAAUGAGUGAGAAAGUUAGAGGGUCAAAGAUCAUACCCCCAACACAUGCUAACCUCUCACCGUUACCAAUAACAGAAGAGAUUUAACAAAUUAUUGUUCAAACUAUGGCUAUAUGUCUUAGUACAUAUGCACAUCUAUGUACACCUCACCGAAACUGCCAAGCAAUAAUUUAACAUGAUUUCCGAAAUCAAGUUUGUAGGGAAAAUAAAGUCAAAACAUCUCAACUUUACAGUGUAUAUAAAAGAGUAAAAUACUAGAUUGAGUUAUCCUCUCUUUCCAAAGACCACAACCUGGAAGUCAGUGAAAAGUUGUGUUCGUCCCAUCUCAGUGGUGUUUGUCCAAUAUAUAUUCAUGUGAUUACAAAUAAUUGUCACAUGUGUUUCUACAUGGAUUGUUGUACAGCCAAAUUCCUCAACAGUAAGAUGACACUUAACGCGUGAAAUAAACCUCCUUGACUGUUCAAAACUGGGAACAUAUAAAUAACAUUCUAAGAACAUUGAGGAAAUAUCUUGGUCACCCUGAUACAAACCAUGUAAGAAUGUCCUUCAGAAAGUACUCAUACCUCUUGACUUAUUCACAUUUUGGUUUGCUGGGUAGACAGUGUGUAGGCACUGUGUCCUGUAUGCCACCUACUUUAUUUACACUAUCGUGUCCGUCCAUCACCACCUGUUGCAAUGUGUUUUGUGGUAAUGUUAAUUAUGUUAAUUAAUCAAGUUAAUUUAAAUGAGUUUUAUGUGUUGUCCUGAAGGAAUGGUGUUGUGUUUUAGUGUCAAAGAUCUUUGUGAAAUCAUAAAAAUAUGUAGUUUUGUACAAAUCAUGUAUUGAACAAGCCAAAGAACAUAUUUUCUAUACUAGAAUUUACAGCUUAGAACCUGACAAUCCAAAAAUGAAUGGGUUUUGAGGUAAAAA